UAAGCACUAAGUCGCCGUUGUUACUCGGAUGUGUGUGGCAGCCGUAAAGUGGAGCAGUGCGCUGCUCUAGCGAUUACAUAAUGGCAGCGGCAGCAUUGCGACUGAGCGGCAUGCUCCAGUUGCAGUUCCAGGCGCAGGCAGCGCAUAAAAUCGGACUGAUGCGCCGCACUUUGAGCACGGAACUGACAACGGCGCUGCGUCCAUUUUACUUUGCCGUGCAUCCGGAUUUGUUUGGCCAGCAUCCGGAACAGCGGCAGACCAACGAGAAUUCGCUGAAGCUGCUGAGCGCCCAUCUGGAGGCGCUCUACCAGCGCAGCUAUCCCAACGAGGAUGCCAAGGUGCUCAAGUUCUAUGUGCGCGAGAGUGCGGACGCCGAGAAGCGUGACUCGUUUCGCUUGGUUCAGAUACGCAUGGACCGGAGCACGCGAGAUCCCAAGCGCUUCAUACAAGGUCUGCUCGAGUCAUGCAAUCUCUCCACGGACUAUAUAAAGACCGUGAAGCCUACGGCGCAAGCAAAGCCCCAAGAUGGUAUGGCCAACAAACCAAGCCAGGACUAUCACUACAAUGCGGAGUUCCACGAGUUUGAGUCACAGUUUCGCAGCGAAGCGACCAGCAUACGUCCCGUGCUGUCCACAUGGCUGGAGGAGAACGCCGCCAAGGCCAGGCAGCGUGCCAAGGACACCGCUGUGCUGGAAGCCGAAAUAGACAAGCUCAAGAAUGUGCUGGUGCGAGAUCUGCAAUUGCGUGACGCUCGCUACGAAUGCGGCUGGAACAUUGAGCAUUAUCGCGGCUGCCUCAAGUCGCUGCAGCGCCUCACCCAGACCCAUGCCGCGGUGCUGGAGACGUUGCGCAAUCGCGUCGUGGUGUUUGCACCCUUCACGGGCAUCAGCCUAGAGGGACAUGUGAUGCUCUUCACCGGCGAUGUGCAGAACAAUUGGAUUGAUUUUAUCAAGAACAUUCCACAGCACGAUGCCUAUCUGAAUGUGGUGCCCGUGUAUGAGCUGACGCUCUCCCAGGUGCUGCGCGGCAUACAGAUAGGACGCCGCAAGUUUAUGCCCAAGCAGCAGGCGCGCGGCUAUGCCAACUACCUCAUGAAGGUGACGACAUCCCUGAACGAUUAUCUGAGCAAGCAAAAGUAUCCCAAGAGCUGGCCCGAAUCGCUGCAGAAGUACACAAUUGUUGUCGAAUCGGAGGCGGGUCCAUUGAUGGUCAGUCCAACAGGCCAGUUCAUAACGCCGGCCACCUGCCCCGGCAGCAUACUGGUGGACUUCAUCAGUCAAAAUAUGCAGCUGGCAUGCGAACGCAUGUCCAAGUACGAGAAGGACAAACACAUCGAACAGCAGCUAAUCGAGGAGUCCAUUCACAGGCUCAAACUGCAGUCCCUUACCAAGGAUGAUGCCGUUACGCCCGACAAGAUGAUAACCGCGCUGAGCGAUCUGCGUCUGUGCCAGCCCCAGCAUUUCGAGCACAUCAAGCUGCAUAUAUCCCAUUACUAUUCGGUGCUCACCGAUGGCAUUGUCUGCAUACCCUGGGAUUUUAUGCAAAAGUAGCUAAUACUCCUCUCAUGUGCCUUACUCUGACAAUAAGCAUAAUAAAUUUUAGACAUAACUAUUUGUUGUCAUAUGUAAAAAUCUCA